CAGCAGCAGCAGCAGCAUCCAACCUGCUUGUUCCUGCGGAGAGAGAGAGAGAGACUCGUCUGCAAACUGCUGCUCCCUGGUGCUCAGAAGCGGCCUGCUCCAUCUCCCAACUCUCAUUCAUUUCUUUUUCCCGGCGAACAUGAGAGAUCAUGGCCGCCUUCGGGCUUCUCAGUUAUGAGCAGAGACCUCUGAAACGACCCCGCCUCGGGCCGCCUGAUGUCUACCCCCAGGACCCCAAGCAGAAGGAGGAUGAACUUACUGCAGUGAAUGUAAAACAAGGCUUCAGUAACCAACCAGCAUUCUCCGGUGAUGAGCAUGGAUCAGCCAGGAAUAUUGUCAUUAACCCAUCAAAGAUUGGUGCAUAUUUUAGCAGCAUAUUAGCGGAGAAAUUAAAGCUCAAUACGUUCCAAGACACAGGAAAGAAGAAGCCGCAAGUUAAUGCUAAAGAUAAUUAUUGGCUGGUUACGGCUCGCUCUCAGAGUGCAAUUCACAAUUGGUUCUCAGAUUUGGCAGGAAACAAACCUCUGACUAAUUUAGCAAAAAAGGUCCCAAUCCUCAGUAAAAAAGAGGAUGUUUUUGCUUAUUUAGCUAAGUAUUCGGUGCCGCUGCUUCGGGCAGCAUGGCUCAUCAAGAUGACCUGUGCCUAUUACUCUGCCAUUUCUGAGGCUAAAAUCAAGAAACGUCAGACUUCCGACCCAAAUGUGGAAUGGACCCAGAUCUCUACCCGCUACCUUCGAGAACAGCUGGCGAAGAUUGCCGAAUUUUACCAUAUGACCUCGAACCCUGGCCACGACUCAGCAGCUGUCCCCCAAGAUGUGGAACAAGCCAUGAAGCAGUGGGAAUACAAUGAAAAGUUGGCAUUUUACAUGUUCCAGGAAGGAAUGCUCGAAAGACAUGAGUAUUUGACGUGGAUACUGGAUGUUUUGGAAAAAAUUAGACCAGUGGAUGAUGAUCUACUAAAACUCUUGUUGCCACUAAUGCUGCAGUAUUCCGAAGAAUUUGUUCAGUCAGCCUACCUGUCUCGUCGCCUUGCUUUCUUUUGUGCCAGACGUCUUUCCUUGCUGCUGAGCGACAGUCCCACUCUCCUCGCUGCACACUCACCUCAUAUGAUGAUUGGACCAAGCAACCCGCCCUUAGCAGCUCCGAGCCCGACCACACCCGCCCCCGUAAUGAGCCCGGUCCAGCUGGCCUGCUCGGAUUUUCUCUCCUGCCCUCAGCACCGUCCACUGGUUUACGGACUGAGUUGUAUGCUGCAGACUGUAACACUUUGUUGCCCAAGUGCCUUGGUGUGGAACUAUUCCACAAAUGAAAGCAAGAGCCUUAAUCCGGGCUCGCCUCUGGAUUUGCUCCAAGUCGCGCCGUCGAGUUUACCUAUGCCAGGCGGAAACUCAACGUUCAAUCAACAGGUUCGGGCAAAAAUCUAUGAGGUCGAACAGCAGAUAAAACAAAGGGGUCGUGCGGUGGAGGUGCGGUGGUCUUUUGACAAGUGCCAGGAGACAACAGCAGGGGUCACCAUCAGUCGCGUAUUGCACACGCUGGAAGUUUUGGAUCGUCACUGUUUUGACCGAUCGGAUUCCAGCAAUUCAAUGGAGACCCUUUAUCACAAGAUUUUCUGGGCAAACCAAAACAAAGAUAACCAGGAGGUUGCCCCCAAUGAUGAAGCAGUGGUGACUUUGCUGUGCGAAUGGGCCGUGAGCUGCAAGAGAUCCGGAAAACACAGAGCGAUGGCUGUGGCUAAACUUUUGGAGAAGCGGCAAGCUGAAAUUGAGGCUGAUAGAUGUGGUGAGUCAGAAGUCUUAGACGAAAAGGAAUCUAUUUCUUCAGCUUCCCUUGCCGGAUCCAGCCUGCCGGUCUUUCAGAAUGUGCUCCUCAGGUUUUUAGACACGCAGGCCCCAUCACUGUCUGACCCCAACAGCGAAUACGAAAAGACAGAGUUCGUGAAUCUGGUGCUACUGUUUUGUGAGUUCAUCCGACAUGACGUUUUCUCUCAUGAUGCCUACAUGUGUACUUUAAUAUCCCGGGGAGACUUAUCGAUCACGGCAACAACUAGAUCUCGGUCACCGAUUGGAGAAACGGGGGAAGAACACUAUUCAAAGGACCAUGGCGGAAAGAUGGAGGAACAUUGUAUUAUGGAACAUAUGGGCAUUGACUCAGGAACCGCUAGUAUUUUUGAUGAAGUUGACAAGAAUGACUUUAAAACCGACUUUGGUUCAGAAUUUCCAAUUUUUUCCCCUAUGCCUGGAGAAUCUUGCGAGAAUGCCAACCCUUCCUUAGACAGAAGAAUUUCAGUUCACAAUGAGAAGUUGGUGAAAAGGGAAAAACAGAGAGAAUUAAUUUUCCCCUCCAACUAUGAUCUCCUUCGUCACCUUCAAUAUGCAACACACUUCCCUAUUCCUCUGGAUGAAUCUUCAAGUCACGAAUGUAACCAGCGGACAAUUCUUCUGUAUGGAGUCGGGAAAGAGCGGGAUGAGGCAAGGCACCAGCUGAAGAAGAUAGCCAAAGAUAUCCUGAAAAUCCUGAACAAGAAGAGCACAACUGAAAGUGGCGUUGGGGAUGAAGGACAAAAAGCCAGGAAGAGUAAACAAGAAUCAUUUCCAACCCUAGAGACAGUGUUCACAAAACUACAACAGCUCUCCUAUUUUGAUCAACAUCAAGUGACAUCUCAGAUCUCCAGCAAUGUGCUAGAGCAGAUAACUAGCUUUGCUUCAGGAAUGUCAUAUCACCUCCCUCUGGCUCACCAUAUACAGUUUAUCUUUGAUCUCAUGGAGCCAGCUCUGAACAUCAACGGUCUCAUUGAUUUUGCAAUCCAGUUGCUAAAUGAGCUGAGUGUUGUGGAAGCGGAGCUGCUGCUGAAGUCCUCCAGCUUGGCAGGAAGUUACACAACAGGAUUAUGUGUGUGCAUUGUAGCUGUUCUGCGACGGUACCAUGCUUGUCUAAUUCUGAACCCUGACCAGACGGCACAAGUGUUUGAAGGGUUAUGUGGUGUGGUAAAGCACGUUGUCAAUCCAUCAGAAUGCUCUUCUCCUGAAAGAUGCAUCUUAGCCUACCUCUACGAUCUCUACGUGUCAUGUAGCCAUCUAAGAAGCAAAUUUGGAGACCUGUUCAGUAGCGCCUGUUCCAAGGUAAAGCAAACUAUAUACAGCAAUGUACAGCCCUCAAACUCCAAUCUAUUAUGGGACCCUGAGUUCAUGUUGGAUUUUAUCGAGAACCCCUCUGCUCACAGCAUCAACUACUCAAUGCUAGGCAAGAUCCUCAGCGACAAUGCAGCCAAUCGCUACAGCUUUGUGUGUAACGCCCUCAUGAAUGUAUGUAUGGGACAUCAGGAUGCAGGAAGAAUCAAUGACAUAGCCAACCUUUGUGCUGAGCUGACCGCUUGCUGUACAGUGCUCAGUUCAGAGUGGUUAGGGGUACUAAAGGCUCUCUGUUGCUCUUCAAAUCAUGUUUGGGGUUUUAAUGAUCUUCUCUGCAGCGUAGAUGUGAGUGAUCUCUCAUUCCAUGACUCCCUAGCCACAUUCAUUGCAAUUCUGAUAGCCCGGCAGUGUUUUUCCCUGGAAGAUGUCGUACAACAUGUAGCCCUCCCUUCUCUGCUUGCAGCAGCUUGUGGGGACCCAGAUGCGGAAUCUGGAGCGAGAAUGACCUGCCGGCUCCUGCUUCAUCUCUUCCGAACCCCCCAGGUCUGUUUGUUACCUCAAGCAACUGGAAAGUCUUUCCCAGGAAUUCGCUCGUCGUGCGAUCGCCACCUUUUAGCUGCCGCUCACAACAGCAUCGAAGUGGGGGCUGUGUUCGCGGUCUUAAAGGCAAUUUUGAUGCUUGGGGAUGCUGAAAUUGGCACCAGCAACACCAACUCUUUGAAGAAUGAUGAUUUCACCAUGAAGGGUUUAUUGGAUGACAUUAACGAUGAUGAUAUUUGGGGCUCCACACAAACCAUGAAAUCCUGUGGGAAAGCCGUUUCUAUAGAAACUGCAAGUUUAAGUGAAUAUGCUAGAUAUGUGCUAAGGACAAUCUGCCAGCAGGAAUGGGUAGGAGAGCAUUGCCUCAAAGAACCAGAAAGGUUGUGCACAGACAAAGAUCUCAUCCUAGAUCCUGUUCUCUCACACAAGCAAGCCCAGAAAUUGUUGCAGCUGAUUUGCUACCCUCAUGGAAUUAAAGAGUGUACAGAAGGGGACAACCUUCAAAGACAACAUAUUAAGCGCAUCCUUCAGAAUCUAGACCAGUGGACUCUCAAGCAGUCCUGGUUGGAGCUUCAAUUAAUGAUCAAGCAGUGCAUGAAGGAGCCUGGUUCUGGGUCUGUGGCUGAAAUGAACAGCUUGUUGGAUAAUAUUGCAAAGACGACAAUAGAGGUGUUUCAGCAAUCCGCUGAUUUAAACAAUAACUCUUCUAACUCUGGUAUAGGCCUCUUCAACCCAAUUGCUAUUGGAAACGCUGACACAAGUAACACAAGACAGAAUGGUAAAAAGGCAUUCCUAAGCUCCUCCGAACGCCGAGGUGUGUGGUUGAUGGCUCCGCUGAUUGCCAAGCUGCCUACUUCCGUCCAAGGAAGGGUCCUGAAAGCAGCUGGGGAAGAGCUGGAGAAAGGACAGCACUUAGGAUCCUCUUCAAAAAAGGAAAGAGACAGGCAAAAACAAAAAAGCAUGUCUCUCUUGAGCCAGCAGCCUUUCCUUUCAUUGGUACUUACCUGCUUGAAGGGACAGGAUGAGCAGCGGGAAGGGCUCCUAACAUCCUUGCAAAACCAAGUCAAUCAGAUUUUAAGUAACUGGAGGGAAGAGCGAUAUCAAGAUGAUGUUAAAGCAAGGCAGAUGAUGCACGAAGCAUUGCAGCUCCGCCUCAACCUGGUGGGUGGGAUGUUUGACACCGUGCAGAGAAGUACUCAGUGGACUACAGACUGGGCUCUUCUGCUCCUUCAGAUAAUCACUUCAGGAACCGUUGACAUGCAGACAAACAGUGAAUUAUUCACCACUGUGCUUGACAUGCUGGGUGUUCUCAUCAAUGGGACAUUAGCCUCUGACCUUUCAAAUGCUUCCCAAGGGGGAGCGGAAGAGAACAAAAGGGCAUACAUGAAUUUAGUGAAAAAGCUAAAAAAAGAACUAGGGGACAAACGUUCAGAAAGUAUUGACAAAGUUCGCCAGCUGCUCCCUUUGCCAAAGCAGACGUGUGAUGUUAUCACUUGUGAGCCCAUGGGAUCGUUGAUUGACACGAAAGGAAACAAAAUUGCAGGAUUUGACUCCAUAGAUAAGAAACAGGGGCUCCAGGUGUCUACGAAACAGAAGGUCUCCCCUUGGGACUUGUUUGAGGGUCAUAAAAACCCAGCCCCGCUCUCAUGGGCUUGGUUCGGGACCGUCCGCGUUGACAGGAAGGUGAUAAAAUACGAGGAGCAGCACCACCUUCUUCUGUACCACACCCACCCAAAGCCCAAACCCCAAAGUUACUACCUCGAGCCCCUGCCUCUCCCUCCCGAAGAGGAGGAAGAAGACUCCACCUCUCCCAUCUCUCAGGAACCGGAAAGGAAAUCGGCCGAGUUGUCCGAUCAGGGAAAAACCACUACAGAUGAAGAGAAGAAAACAAAAGGCAGGAAGCGAAAGACCAAAUCGAAUACAAGAGUUGACGAAUAUCCCCAGAACACCAUCUACCGAGUGCCUCCCAAUUACUCCCCCAUCUCUGCACAAAUGAUGCACCCCCCUCAGUCUGCCCUGUGGGGCUAUAACAUCAUGGGCCAGCCCCAGCAGCCGGGCUUCUUCCUCCAGAACCAGCAGCUCACCCCAGGUGGCUCCAGACUGGAUCCUUCUGGAUCAUUUGUGCCCACAAACACAAAGCAAGCCCUCUCGAACAUGCUGCAGAGGCGAUCUGGCACCAUGAUGCAGCCACCCACCCUGCAUGCCCUCACGUCCCAGCAGCAGUUGCUGCAGAUGAAACUUCUGCAGCAGCAGCAGCAGCAACAACAGCAGCAGCGACUUCUCAGGCAGCAAGCCCAGACAAGACCUUUUCAGCAGAGCCAGCCAAUAGACCAAGCUGCUAUUUUUGCUCAACAAGUUCGACCAUCUUCCCAGCUUUCCCAGUAUCCAGGGUUGCAGCAAGCCCAGUCCAUGCCCCAUGGAUACACGAUGUACGGCACUCAGAUGCCCCUGCAGCCUCAGCAGCAGCAACAGCAGCAGCAGCAGACCGGAGGCGUGGUCCUUUCUCCUGGCUAUAAUCCCAGAGCGUAUCCUCCCUCGCAUUCCAGUCCCGCACUCAUGGAAAGGCUCAGGCAGAUGCAGCAGCAGCCACCGAGCGGGUACAUUCAGCAGCAGGCUGCAGCCUACCUCCAGCCUCUGACGGGCCCCCAGCGACUGACCCACCAGCCUUUGCAGCCAAGCCCUCUGGUGGGAGGGGGACUUGAUGCUGUGCUCACGACAGCGACAACCACAUCGCAUCCAAACCUAAACUCAGUGCCACUGCCUCAAGAUCAGAUGAGACAGAGACAGCAGCAAAUUCGGCAGCAAAGGCUCCUUCAGCCGCCGCAGCCCCAAGCUUCUCAGCCCCACCCUCCGCCGCCGCCACCACAGCAGCAGCAGAGCCAGCAGACCCUCGGGCUUCAAGCGAUGCAGACCCAGCAGCCUUUGUUCCCCAGACAAGGCUUGCAGCAGACGCAGCAGCAGCAACAGACAGCAGCUUUGGUCCGACAACUGCAAAAACAGCUAUCUAGUAACCAGCCACAGCAAGGAGUCAAUCCUUAUGGACACCCAUCACACUUUUAAAUCUGGAAGAGGCAUCACCAUGUAGUUUUAUGGUUGCACUGAAGAAAAGAAAAUCAAAAUUCAAUGCACUAAUUAUUAAUAAUUUUAAUUUGUUUCUUCUUUAUUUUGAAUUUUUUCCACUAAUUUUGUGCUAUAUACAGCACGGAGAUUAGUGAACGGUGAAAUGGUGUUGGCUUUGGGGCCUUUUUGCAUUUAACAUUGUGAAGAGCUUAAAAAAUAUGGUGUGUGUAGGCCUCUUAAUGGGCUUGUUUUGUUGCAAAGCAAAGAAACUGGCUCUUUCUUUGGCCGUUGAUUUUUUUGUUUUUUAACGAGGAAUACUGGCUUUAAAGAGAUUAUUCAUUAUCAAGAAAGGUUUUUUUUUUUUGUUUGUUGUUUGGUUUUGUUUUUUUAGCUGCUCUGGACCAAACGACUGAAAUUAAAGGCAUUUCAGAUUUUGACAUAAAAGUUGACUUCACUGCUCACCUCUUAAUCUUUUGACAGUCAAGUGAAUGUUGAUUUGAGUCAUAUUAGAUUUAAAUGUUUGUAAUUUCAUAAGCACUUUAUAAACUUUUUUUGUGUUAGAAUACAAAAUUUUUCUCCUGCUUUCGUUGUGGUCAGAGGGUGCUGAUAGAGUUUCUUGCUUGUAUUUAAACUUCUUAAGGGUUCUAUAAAAGCCACAGUACGAUGUUAAUAAACCUUCUAGAGGUAGUAGUCCUGUACGGUUUCUUUCUCUUUGGAAAGUUCAUUGACCAAGGGGCCUCUGUAAAGAUACGACGCUUGGGUGGCAAGGGCCCAGUGGUUAUCGCUGGAGUGUCUGCUUUGAGCAGGUAGCGGCCAGGAGCAGGUCAUAUGGUUUCAGCCGGCUUCUGACCCUCCAGGAUCUUCCUCCAGGCUGGCUCACCCCUCUCCCGCACUCCAGGAAGUUUUCUCAGAGUCGGCCUGAGUCUCCGCAGGGCUGUAACUUGGCCCGGUUUUCCAAUCACCCGGCCCAAGCUCCCAGAAGGCUCUUGCUCUCAUUGAUGUAUUUGCCGUUGAUUUGGUAGGGUAAGUAUUUGAUAUUUUGACUUUCAUUAUUAACGUGGGUGUCAGUCAGUCUUGGUUGUGUGAUGCAUAUGCUGUAUUUAUAAAUCGGUGCAAAAAGCACAAGUAAAUUAUACAUCGAAUUGAUUCUAAUGAAAUAGUAACUAUUUUAACCUUGUUUGAGUAUGUGGUAAUUUGCUCGUAUUAGAGUAAAAAUUACAGUAAAUUAUAAUUUGGUUUGUGUAACAAGAGUAUUCCAUAUGAUAUUUUUUUAGGAUUAGAUGCACAAAUUUUGAAUGUGAAAAUUGCAGGGCAUUUGAAAACCUGUGGGAAUAUAUUCCCCUGUUCUGUAUUUGUUUUAUCUUUCUUUUUGCCAUAUGAUUUGCCAUUUAUGGUAGUCAAACAUACUGUGAAUAGAUAUGUCUAAAAUGAACAAACUGUGUAGAGCUGCGACAAGAAAAAUGCAGCUAGUUCAACUUUAGUCGAUGACUUCAUUUGAAAAAUCAUUAUAGAGAUGUAUCUUCCUCAGUGAGUUCCUCAUUGCAAGGUUUGACCAAUGCAAACGACCUCAACUAUAUGUCAGCUUCUUUUGCUGUAGCAACAUUCCUGUGAACUGUUUUGUACACUGUGAAAAUAUUUAGCUCCGGCCUCCUGAUUUCUCAUUUCCUAUGGGCUGGAAAAGACUUUGCCAAAACAUGAAGACCACUCUUUUCACCAAAAUAACAGGUAUCAGUUGUUCUCAGAAACUCACCUAGCGAUUUUUGCUGGUAUUUUAUACAUCAGGUUUUUUUUUCCCUUUUGCUCAAAUCAUAAUUAGAAUAAUAUGAUUUUUCCACAACUAGAUUCAUGUCUGGUCAAACACUGAGAUCCUGGCACUUGUCUUUUCAUGCCUCUCUUUUCUUAUGUAGUCAUUACUGGUUUUGAAACACCAGGUAGUUCUUUGAACUGGUUCCUCUCCACCACCACCCCAGCUCAGAGAACUUAUGACAGGAUUCCUGUUUUUAGACUAUUGUAACAAUUAGCAUUUCUGAGCCCUUUCUAUUUUGCAGCAUCUCGGACCAUUCUUUUCCCCCAAUUUUCACGUGCAGUAGGCUGAUAGGUCAAGACCAUCCACAUCCAUUUUACAGAUGAGCAUCGGAGGCAAAGAAAGGAAACGGCUCAUCUUUGAUUGUAUGGUGUGAGAGGAAACCGGUUUCCUGAAUCUCGAAAAGUUUUACAGAAAAAAUGACUCAUGCAAACAGGCACCCAAGCCCCGACUUUUUUUCCCACUUCAAAUCUCUCUUCCAAAAUGUUGGAAAGUAAAUCCCGUCCAUCUCACCCUAAAAUAGGGCCUGGACAGCCACAUGUAAAAGCAUAUUUAGCCUGUGAAAGGCUUUGCUGUCUUGUUUGUUUGGAAAGAUGGAAAAAGACAUACGACCUCAGUUCCCAGAGCCUAGAGUCUUCCCUCCAUAUACCUGUCUGCAAAGGUUUGACUGAAAGCCACUAGGUCGCCCAUAUACUUUGGACUUUUUCAACAUUGGCAUGUUCCAAAUGCAGUCCCUUCCCUAUCUCCCUACUAAAUGGCUCAUCCACAGUGUUCCUCACUAAGUGCAAGGGAACAGUAAACUCCGCGCCCCCCCCCCCCCCCACACACACGUUCGUACAUAGGUACUUACGUAUGUUUUGAGUAUCAGGGGAUCCAUGGAGGAAUCUUUUAGGACCUUCUUAGUCUUAAGUGACCCUAGAAAAAUCCUAAUCCUAGAAAGAGUAGACAAAUCCUCUACUGGCUAUGGCAGAGGUGAUGGAGUAGUACAACUCUGUCUGCUUCCAGAGCUAUGGCCUAGUGCAAAGCGUCCAUUGGAUUUCCCUAAGGAAAUAAGUAAAUUCAGGUCAAAUGGAGCCCUUAAUAGUACUUCAUUGUAGUUAGGAAGAAAAGUUCAUCUCUUUGGAAUAUAAUGAAACUUCCUUAUAGCUGUGUUCCAUUCAGCCUUCUUCUUCCUCCUUCCCUCACACCAUCUGUAUUUAAUAGAAAUUUUCAUUUUGGUAUAGUGUGAAAGCCAGGGAGCCAUGACCAUUAGCUAGAGCUUCAAGCUAAGGCCUCUUGGAGUGAAUUUUUCAGAGUGUAAGGAAGUUUUAUUGUAUUUUUAAUACCUUGGUGAGAGGCGUACCUGACAAGAGGAGGAAUCAAUCCUGCCUGUGCGGUUUCAAUGAAUGUACAGGCAUGGAGUUCUUUUAGGAGUGUUUAGGAUUGGCAGACCACAUGCAUUGUUAAAUGCCUUGAUUAAACCAUUUUUGUAUUCCUGGUCAAAGAAAAUUUCCAGUGUGGAAGUGUUAGAUUUUGACCAUAUUUCAAAGCUUAUUUUCUAUGGGUUUUGGCAAAUAUACCAAUACACAAACUGCAAAAUGAUUCUACAUCAGGAUAGUCACAUGGUAUGUAACUAAAUUUGGUUUUUCAGAUUUUCUCUGUUAUGGGUGCCAUGUUUACCACUGUUCAACAAGACAGAUGCUAUGUAAAUGAGAGAAAGAAAAAAAAUCAUUAUUUACUGGAAAAUUCAGGUACAUUUGAAGCUUCUUCUUUUAUGAGAGUAAUUUUAUUUUAACCUUUACUGUUAUUUGUUGGCAAAAUAAAAGUGCCUUAAGUUAAAGUUUGUUUUCAAAUCCAUUUGGUCAUUGAGGGAAUCAAUACUAGUUCAUAAAUGCAAGAUUUUUUUCCAAGUCUUUUUUUGCAUGUCCAUUAUAAAGUGAAUAUUGUAAAUGUGUUCUAAAUCAUUUCUGUGCCUCUGGCUGCCUUUGAUUAAACUUCUUCCAAAAAGAAA